CAUGCACCCUGGACUUGGCGUUGGAAAUGGCGAGAACCCAGGCGUCGAAAACUUCUUCCACGCGGGACCAUUCGGACUGACUUCCAAUAAUCUUGGGGGCAAACUCAGCGGGGAAAUCCGCUCUUUAGGAGGGGAAAUCCGAGCUUGGGCAGAGGGGUUCGGACCUGUAGUUGGGGGGGAACGAACUGUCUUGGUCGGAGCACCGACUUUAGGAGGAGGUUUCCCAGCCUCCGUCGGUCGUGCAAGGGUGGCCCUAGAAGAGGAGGAAGAAACAACCGAACCCGAAUCUGGGAUCGCACUGGCCGGGGGUAUUUUUGGGACGAGUGCUGAGGAGGAGAUAACCUUACGGGGACGGGGUUUCCUGAUCUUACUAUUAUUUUUGUUUUUAGAAGGCGACGGCGGCAGAGUGGCGAGCGGCAAGAGAGCCUUUGCGGAAGGAAGAGCCGGGGGGGGAGAUUUGACCACUUUCGCAAACGAGCCAUUCGGCAGAGCGGGAAGAGUGGGAAUGGUGGCGGGGGAAGGCCCAACAGAGAUGCGUUGGACAAUGGGCUGGGAAGGGGGGACUGGGAUGCAGCGGCAGGAGAGUCCGAGUCAUCUAAAUAGAUGGACGAGGGAUGACCCCCAUGAUCGCGGUUGA